GUUUUCUCCCUCUCCCGCUUCCCUUCCCCCCGUAUCCAUAUUUUCGCUCCAAAAAAUUCUGAUGGCCUCAAACGACGGCGCACCAGCUGCCAACACCGUCAACGCAGAGCCACCGGCCUCUAGCAUUCCUCCUAAAUCACUAACUCCUGCUGAGGCUACCCUAAAUACUGAACCCCAGGAGGCAGAGGCACAAGUGGCAGAUGAACUGAAAGAAAAUCAAGAGUCAGAAGAAGAAGGUGGUGAAGCUGAGAAGAAGUCGGCGGAUGCGGCCGAGAAGUGGCCCGGAUGGCCCGGUCACAACGUCUUCAGGUUGAUAGUGCCAGCUUCCAAGGUUGGGAGCAUUAUAGGACGCAAAGGUGAGCUCGUCAAGAAGAUGUGCGACGAAACUCGCGCUCGUAUUCGCAUCCUUGACGCUCCAGUUGGCACUCCCGAUCGAAUUGUUCUAAUAUCUGGAAAAGAAGAGCCAGAGGCACAGUUGCCGCCUGCCAUAGAUGCAGCGGUAAGAGUGUUCAAACGUGUUUCUGGUCUAUCUACUCUGGAUGGAGAUACUACUGUUCCACCAGCUGCAGGGACUACCUUUUGUUCCAUAAAGUUAAUGGUAGCAUCUGCACAAGCUAUCAAUUUAAUUGGAAAGCAAGGAUCAAUAAUUAAAUCUAUACAAGAGAGCACCGGAGCUGCCUUGCGCAUCUUAUCAGAGGAGGAAUUGCCUUCUUAUGCUACUUCAGACGAGAGACUUGUAGAUAUUCGUGGUGAAGCUAUGAAGGUUCUCAAAGCUUUAGAAGCUGUAUUGGGACAGCUAAGAAAGUUUUUGGUUGAUCACACUGUUGUUCCUAUUUUUGAGAAAACUUAUGCUGCUCAAAUAUCCCAGGAGCGUACAGCUCCAGCAGAUACCUGGGUUGAUAGAACUCAGCCAUCUCUCCACUCAGCUCCUGCUCAACAGGCUGGGAUUGCUUCUGAUUAUUCCUUGUCAUUGAAGUGGGAUCCUUUAUUCGAACGUGAAACUCAUCUUGAACCUAAAAUCACACAAUCAGGAUUGUCACUUUUUGGGGAUCGUGCACUUGGAGUUUCGCAUUCAACAGGACUUAGUCGUGCUGCUGCUCCUAUAGUUACUCAGUCGGCCGAUCCAGCUAUGGGACACCCUUCAAUCUACUCGAGAGAGGAUGGCGUGAAAUCUCCAGAACACCGCGGCAGGGAUCCAGAUCGACGGUGGCCAGAUCUGGACAACCAACGAUCCCCUACACCGGAAAGAGUCGAGGGUCACCGGACUUGUAAAAACAAGCUGUACAAGAACACAAAACAACACAAACAACCAAAAAACACAAAAAAACCAAAAGGGGUCAUCGGAAAGGGACCCAGAAACCGACAGACCUCGAAUGGUCAUCGGAGGAAACCGAAUAACCCCGAAGGGUCAUCGGAGGAGGGAGCACAGGCCGGCUCCACCCAGCCGCUCAAGCAUCAAAACCUCGGAAGCUCAAAGGCUUCCAAUCAAAACAAACGCAGCGCCGGAGAGAAAGUAGAAGCAAGAGAGAAGGGAGAGAAAAGGGGGGGGGGGGGGAAGAGAGUUCCAAAAGUUGUUGAUUGAAUGAGCGAAGCGAGCCGAAACAAAAAUAUUAGGACCUAUUAUUUAUUUAUAAAAGUUAGGUACGUAG